AUGACCAUAAGGACCCGAAUAACCAUCUUCCCCUUCAGGGAAAUGGACUUGGAGGUCAGCGAGCCAGUAGACUUCAGUACCGGAGAUCACCAGCAUCUAGUCCGGAAAGCAGGAGAUGAUAGUUUCAUUGUAAAAGUGUUCCUCCUCCUGUCUGCUCAGCUGGUGCUCACUGGGGCAAUCAUCGCUGUAUUUAUUUUCUGGCCAGGUUUAAAAAACUGGGUGCACAGGAGUCCCUGGUUCACCUAUUCAAUCUUGUAAGAUCUCCGCCGCCAGGUGCCUGCGAACUACAUUCUCCUGGGAUUGUUUACAUUUUUGCAAGGUCUGAUGCUGGGAGCCGUGUCAGUUUUCUAUGAAGUCGAUGAGGUGUUAUGGGCCAUAGGGGCAACCGCUCUGGUGACGUUAUCGCUCACUUUAUUUGCUCUCCAAACAAAACUGGACUUCACCCUGCUCAAUGGAGUGCUGUUCGUCGCGCUGGUCGUGCUUUUAAUCUACGGAAUCAUCUUAAUCUUCAUACGGUCAUACUGGUUGCAUCUGUUGUAUGCUGCACUCGGAACUGUGCUCUUCUCACUUUACUUGGUGAUGGAUGUGCAGCUGUUGGUAGGGGGGAGCCAUCAUGUGAAGCUGGACCCUGAAGAGUAUGUGUUUGCUGCUCUGAACAUCUACUUGGAUAUAAUCAACCUUUUUAUUUUUAUUUUGCAAUUGAUUGGACGGUAG